CUCGGCCCUCGCCCUCCCGCUGCGCCGGCGGAGCGGGCAGAGGACGAACGGGCUGGGGACGUGCUCCUGACCUAGCUGGGCCCCGGGUUAAUGGAACGGCGGGCUCGGAGGGUCCUGGAGGCUGACGGCCGGGGACGUGGGGAGAGCGCGGGGGAGGCACAGGGGGUCUGCGAGUAGUUGGAAGGAGACCUGAGGCACCUCCUGCCAUGGAUCGCCCUGUGCGCUGUCAGUCCAGGCUGGGUAACGUCCUGCACCAAGACCACCAGUCUGAUUUUGCUGCUACUUCUGUCCCUGCAAACGUAGCCAACUGCUACGCUGGUGUGAGGGAAAUGAGAACUGAGAAGAGAUUUAAGCACUUUCAGACCAUGUUAAAGACCAAGUUGAAUGUCCUAACUCUUCGGAAGGAGCCUCUCCCAACAGUGAUCUUCCACGAACCAGAAGCCAUUGAGCUGUGCACCACAACUCCCCUCAUGAAGUCCCGGACUCACACUGGAUGCAAGGUUACAUAUUUGGGUAAGGUUUCCACAACAGGGAUGCAAUUUUUGUCAGGCUGCACAGAGAAACCAGUCAUUGAAUUAUGGAAGAAGCACACGCUUGCCAGGGAGGAUAUUUACCCAGCUAACGCCCUUCUGGAAAUUCGCCCUUUCCAAGUCUGGCUGCAUCAUCUGGACCUCAAAGGCGAGGCGACAGUCCACAUGGAUACCUUUCAGGUAGCACGUAUAGCCUACUGCACUGCUGACCACAACGUCAGCCCAAACAUCUUUGCGUGGGUCUAUCGGGAGAUCAACGAUGACUUGUCCUACCAGAUGGACUGCCAUGCUGUAGAGUGUGAGAGCAAGCUGGAGGCCAAGAAGCUGGCCCAUGCCAUGAUGGAGGCCUUUAAGAAGACUUUUCACAGCAUGAAAAGCGAUGGCCGGAUCCACAGGAACAGCUCGUCAGAGGAAGUGUCUCAUGAAUUUGAAUCUGAUGAUGGCUGACUGAACUCAUUCACGGUUCAGCAAAGGCAGAAAUGGCCUAGGGAAUGAGAUCUGAGAGAUGAAUAAGCAACAAUUGAAAUUGGGGAAUGAAAGGACUGCCAAACGCUUGUCUGACCAGCUUUUUAAAUCAAAAGAGCAAUUCAGUACCUACAGAUAUGCAUCAUUAAAGUAAUUAAGUUACAUUGAAAUCUGCUGCUGUUGUAAAAGUGAGAAAAAAGCUCCCUCCCCCAUCUCUCUCACCCACCCAUCACUGUGCCUUUCUCAUCUCUGUAGUUCAGGUGCAUACCAUGAAGUAGAAUCAUUCCUGUUUGUCUUAUAAGACUGGUCAGGCAAUUUUAUUAGUUGCUCCUCUGGCAUUCCUAGCUGGGGGCUGAUGCACAAGAGCAAGUAGACCUGGAAAGCCCUAAUGGUUCCCGAAGAAUCUUUCUCCAUGAUGCAUCACAAAAAUCCUUUGACCGUACGUAGGCUAAGACAGCCAUACAUAGCCUUUUAGACUAACGGCCUGGCAUUCUGCAGUUAAUUCACAUUUCACAGAUAAAAAAUGAAAGAAGAUGCUUGUAUGUACACAUUAUAUCAUAUGCUAUCCUUUAUUUUAUUCAUUGUACCUAUUUUCUUAAUAUACCUGCUGCCACGUCCUUCACCCAACACCAGUAGUCGCAGUUUCAGACUAUAUACUGCAGGAUACCAAAAAGAGGAAAAAUACUCCGCAGUGGCUAGGGGUACAGCAGGCCAGCACCACUAUCUGUGUGUUUUCCAACCCUGAUGUGAUCCACGGGAGCGGGGCCCACUGGUAAGAGUUGAGGGACACUUGGGUCUGUUAGUGUUUGAACUGUGACUUCUCAUCAACCUCAGGUCUGAAGUGAUAUGAGCAUGGUAGCCUCAACUCCAUGUUACCAGUCUCCGCAUUGCUGGUCAAGUGGCCCUGGUGGGAUGGAGCUGGUAGUGCCUCGUCGCACAGCCAGGGCUGCGUUACUGUAAAGAUCAAAGGAAACGGUCCCUUGGGAGUCAGGUUUGAACAUCUGUUCUGGUUGAGAAGCUCAUUUUAAGAUUCGCGUUAUCUUUCCUUUUUCACAGAUAUACAGAGUCAUGCCUUUCUUAAAUGCAGAUGUUUAAUAAAACUCAAAUAAAAGGAAAAACCUGUUUCACUUGAUAUUUUUUAAGGUCGAGAGCAGAUCAAUAGUUUGCAGGUAAUGCUGCUCCUUUAUACAAUUUUGUUUGUAAUUAUGGUAAUGUUAGGGGCACUAGGGCACCUUACAGAAGCCUUAAAAGAAAUCUAAUCGAAGCAGAUAGCUCUAUGUCUGUGUUUUCUGGGUCUAUAUGUUUGUAUGUGAGAGUGUAUGUGUGAGUCCCGUGUUAAAGCAUGUAGAUUGAGCAUGGAGACAUAUUGAGGAGGGCCCACACCUCUUGAAAAUAUGCUUGUUGCUUUACAAUGUAUGUAAACUAUUCUCCAGCAUAAAUGCAUUCAUACUUUAAUAAAAAAAAAAAUGUUUUGAGUUAAA